AUGCGUGUGUUAGCAAGCCUCAUCGCUCUGACCAGCAUACUGGACGCUGUCGUCGCAGAUCAUCCCCCCAAUGCCAUCACGCGAGCUGAGCGACGCGAGACCCAUCAGAACUUCAAUGGUCCAUCAACGACGCGCUUCUUGACCAACAAGACCAGACAAUUCGCCGUGGACGGCGAGAAGCUGCCGGAGCUCAACUUUGACCCUGGCGAGUCGUAUGCAGGACUUCUUCCCAUCACCGGAGCCACGAACGAGACCAGAAAAUACUUUUUCUGGUUUUGGCCCUCGCUGAAUCAGACGGGACCGAAAGAGGUUGCCAUAUGGUUCAAUGGCGGACCUGGCUGCAGCUCUCUCAUCGGCCUUUUGACCGAGAAUGGCCCUUUUACUUGGUCCGAUGGAACUCCUAAGCCGGUGCAGAACACCUACGACUGGAGAAAUCUUACCAAUGUCAUGUGGGUUGAGCAGCCGAUUGGCGUAGGCUUCACGCAGGGAAAGCCCAAUAUCACCAAUGAAUUCGAGCUUGGAGAACAGUUCGUGAGCUUCUACGAGCAGUUCGCAGAGACAUUCGAUAUCAAAGGCUGGAACAUUUACCUUACGGGAGAGUCCUAUGCUGGAUUUUAUUUGCCCUACAUCGGUAACGCAUUCAUCAAGAAAAACAGCUCUGACUUCCCCCUAAAGGGUGUUCACAUAAAUGACCCAAUUGUGGGCGACGCUAUUGCUCAGCAGGCCGCCACUAUCGUUCCUUUUGCUCAAUACUGGCAGAAUAUGCUCGGUUUGAACGAUACUGUCAUGAAAAACCUAACGGCCACACACGAGAAAUGCGGCUACAAGUCUUUUCUGGAUAAAUAUCUCACAUUUCCGGCUCCGCAAGAAAGGUUUCCGGUUCUGAAGAACUUCUUCACUUCAGAAAGCAACACCCUUGACCCGUGCGAUACGCUGGACAGGGUCGCCGGGGAGGCCUCUAUCGCCAAUCCCUGCUUCAACAUCUACCACAUCAGCGAUACUUGCCCAAAACCUGGAUCAGUGCUUGGCGCGAUCGGGUCCGACUAUAAUCCCGAACCCAACAAAAUCUUUUUCAACCGCAGCGAUGUCCAAGAGCUGCUUCAUGUUCCACAAGGUUGGGCAUGGGAAGUCUGUGCACAUCAUCCGGUCUUCCCAAACCAGACCAACUUGACUAGUAUGUACGACGCAGAUCUCUCUCAACCGCCAGCCCACAACGGCGUCCUGCAGACUGUCAUUGAGAAGCUCGGUCGGGUAAUUAUUGGAUGUGGCAACUUGGACAUUCUGUUAAACACCAAUGGAACUCUUCUCGUCCUGCAGAAUAUGACAUGGAAUGGUUGGCAAGGGUUUAAGGAAUUCCCUGGUCAUAGCUUCUUCUCGCCAUACCACGAGGAUCUUCCCGGCUCGCCUUCUGGUGCUGGCUACGUCGGCAAAUGGGGCCACGAGCGCGGACUCACCUUCUAUCAAAUUCAACUGGCUGGGCAUACGCUACCUGCAGGUGCACCAGGUGCCUCCUACAGCAUAAUGGAAGUCUUGUUGGGUCGCAUCAGUCCCGAAGACUUGGGCAAGGAAAGGAAUUUCACGACGGAGAAUGGCAACGGCUAA